UGUCUAGUCUGUGGUGAUCGUGCCUCGGGUCUGCAUUAUGGUGUACUGUCUUGCGAAGGCUGUAAAGCUUUCUUUAAACGUAGCAUUCAAUCUUCCGUUGCUUAUACUUGUCCUUCUGGAAGUCGAUGUAAAGUUGAUAAACAACGUAGAAAAUGUUGCCAAGCAUGUCGACUCCAAAAAUGUUUCGAUGUGGGGAUGAUCAGAGAAGGUGUUAGAAAAAAUCGAAAUCCUGGUGGUAGAGUUAAGUACGAAAAA